AUGGAAUUCUAUGAGCAAUGCCAAAUCCAGCAGGUGGCGCCACUCAUCACGCUAUCUUUGCACGAGCUGAACGCCACAAGCCACCUAAAAUGCCACUUGCGCAAGUCAGACAUCGCCAAUUGCGUGUGGGACAACAGCAUACUAAAAAAUCGUCUCCUGAGUGCCAAAUAUAUCCUCGAGUUUUGUGACGAGGAGACUGCCAGGGCGAGAAUCGAAACACGGCCGAAGGAAGAUGGCGCUCAUUCUUUGAUCUCUCCGUUUAACGUUGAGUCUGACUUGUUUCCCAAUGGUAUCUUGUCUGAACAGUGGUUUCUCAAGUACACCAGAGAUGUGCCGUUUGCGUUCGUUCAAACACACUUAUUAGACGACGAUCCCACUACAGAUGAAGCAUUAGGGCUAGCAUUGGCAGCUAAGCGCCAGGAGUAUGCGAGCUUUGGGGUCAAAUACGUUGCUGUCUUGCUUUCAGACGGCGACCCUAUAGCCGAUCAGGAUAGAGUUGACAAACUACGGCUAGUGUCGGGACUCCCCAGACUUACAGGCAUUUUUUACCUCAAUGCGGACCCGGAAACCCUAGAACGGGACUGUGGAAUCCUAGCGUCGAGUAUCUUCAGUAAUUUGAAGGCACUGGCCGCAGACUUCUACUCUGGAGUGGAAGCCCGGAUCAAGCAGCGAUAUAAAAAUAUUACACCAUGCCGUCUUUUGAUAAUGUUGAUACGAAAAUUAGCCUCACUCCAAAGUUUCUCGAAGUAA